ACGACUAAAGACCUUCACAGCAGACCAGACCCUCAUCCAGGACUGCAGCAGGACUUUAAACAUUUGUUCAGGAUGAACAGAAAUCCACAUGGGGAAAUUGAGGAAAUUGAAGAAGAAUAUAACUAUGUUGAUGCACCAGCCUGGACUGUGGAUAAAGUGGCAGCCCCUCAAGACCAGAGGUCUCUCUUCUUCACUCAGUCUUUUCCACUGAUAGCAGUGUGUUGGCUGAUACUGUUAGUCAUCAUGGGCCUUCGUAUCCACUUCACUUCUGAAAGCAACGCCAAGCUGACGGCAGAAAACCAGCAGCUGGAAAUACUGAUGCAUCUGAACUCGACUCUACUGGCUGCACAUGAAAACUUGGGGAGGUACUGCAACAAUCUGACCGUCCAGUUUGAUCUCCUGACACAAAACUGUACUGUCUUAGAAAGCAAGAUCAAAGACCUGACUGCAGUGAACCAGCAGCUGACUGCAGACGUCCAGAACCUGACAACACGAAGCCUGCAGCUGGAGACACAGAGGAACAACUUAACAAAACAAAUACAAAACAUGGAGACAAACUGGAAUAAACUCAACGUCAGCCGAGCUCAGUGGAGCAUUGAUGCCUACUGCCCCAGAGAAAAUAACGCGCGACUGUGUAAAGCCUGUCAGGAGGGCUGGAGACUCAACCAGUCCACCUGCUAUGUGGUUCAUGAUGCUGUUUCGACUUCUGGUCAUAAAACCUGGGAAGAAGCUCGAGAAGUAUGCAGAAGAGAAAGUUCAGAUUUUGUCAUUGUACAUAAUCAAGAGGAACAGUAUGCACUCAAUUACUACAGCUGGUUCAGUACAUUAACCACUGGAUACUGGAUUGGCCUGAGAGCUGAAGGUUGGCGAUGGAAGUGGAUUGAUGGAAGUGAUCUGACUGUAAGCCACUGGACACCACAACUUCCUCCUGCUGCUGACGGUCAGUGUGUAAUGUCUGUCCAGAACGUAGGAUGGAGAUCAGUGAGCUGUGCUGAGAAAAAACGAUGGAUCUGCAAAAAGAAGGCUUUAUAUGUUUAAACACUGCAGUCAGACUUGAGAAGUUUACUGGAUACUCUGCAUGAUAAUCUUAACUGUCUUAUAAAUAUCAAACCAUGACUUCUACUUAACAGUUUUCAAAACUGUUUGUGUGUGUCUAAAAAAACAUAUAUCAGAUUAAAUGUAUAGCUGCUAUUAGAUAUUGGAUUUUAUACCAUGGUCUGGGUAAAUACUCAAUUCUGAUUGGAUGCAGGAUGUCCAUUAAAAAGUGAUACAAGACACAUACUAACAAGUUCUGGUAAAACU